ACAAGUUCCAGAACGCCUCUGUUUCAUCGCAAGCGGUUGUUGUCAAACACGGGGAAGAAAGUGGUGAGACUGACAGAUCCCAUCAUGCAGCUGUUAGUGGAUGGUCUGAAGUGGUUUGGGGUCGAAGCGAGUGGAUUCUCAGUGACCGUGUGCCUUUUUCUGCUCUUUCUCAGCCUCCUUUACUGGUACUCCAUCUCCCCGUUCUCCACCCUGGAACGAUGUGGCAUCAAACACCCAAAGCCCUUUCCAUUUAUUGGGAACCUGAUGAUGUUCCGAAAUUCUUUUUUUGAUGAUGUCAAUAAUAUAAUAUUACAAAUAGGAAGAGUGUGUGUUUAUUAUAUUGGCCGGCGGUCUACAGUGAUCAUAGCAGACCCGGAUAUGCUCAGACAGGUGAUGGUGAAGGAAUUCAAUAAGUUUCCCAACAGAAUGACAGUCAGGGGCAUCACUAAACCCAUGAGCGACAGUCUGAUCAUGCUGAAGGGCGAACAAUGGAAACGAGUGCGCAGCAUACUCACGCCGACCUUCAGUGCUGCCAAGAUGAAAGAGAUGGUUCCCCUGAUCAACACAGCCACAGAGACAUUACUGAGAAACCUGAAGAGCCACGCUGAGUCUGGUAACAGCUUUAACAUCCACAAGUGUUUUGGCUGCUUCACUAUGGAUGUAAUUGCCAGUGUCGCGUUUGGUACGCAGGUGGACUCUCAGAAUAAUCCAGAUGACCCUUUUGUUCACCAAGCAUCCAAGUUUUUCGCCUUCUCCUUCUUCAGACCCAUAAUGAUUUUCUUCAUGGCGUUCCCGUUUCUUCUUCGCCCUCUUGCUGGCCUCCUUCCCAAUAAAUCCAGGGAUGAGAUGAAUAGCUUUUUUACACGAUGCAUCCAGAAGAUGAUUAAACAGAGGGAUGAUCUUCCUCCAGAACAGCGGCGAAAAGACUUCCUGCAACUGAUGUUGGAUGUCAGGACCAACAACAAGUGUUUGUCUGUGGAGCAUUUUGAUGUGGUCAAUGACGCCGAUGAGGAGGCCUAUGAUGGACAUGAAAACAGCCCUGCUAAUGAAUCCACCAAGCGCAGCCAGCAGAAGAGAAUGAUGACAGAGGAUGAGAUUGUCGGUCAGUCCUUCAUCUUCCUGGUUGCUGGCUAUGAGACAAGCAGCAACACGCUAGCAUUCGCAUGCUACCUGUUAGCAGUUCAUCCAGAGUGUCAGAAGAAACUCCAGGAGGAAGUUGAUGAAUUCUUCAGCAGACACGAGACGGUGGAUUACGCCAAUGUCCAGGAGCUGAAGUAUUUAGACAUGGUCAUCUUUGAGUCACUCAGACUUUACCCUCCUGCAUUCAGGGUUGCUCGAGAUGUCGAGGAAGACACUGUGUUGAACGGUCAGUUUCUGCCCAAAGGAGCAUCUCUGGAAAUCGCUACCGGAUUCCUUCACUAUGACCCACAGCACUGGACUGAACCCACCAAAUUCAUCCCAGAGAGGUUCACUCCAGAAGCCAAGGCCAGGCGUCACCCGUUUGUGUAUCUGCCAUUUGGAGCGGGGCCACGCAGCUGUGUGGGCAUGAGACUGGCUCAGCUGGAGAUUAAAGUGGCUCUGGUUCACAUAUUCAAGAGGUUUAACGUUGUGGCCUGCGAGGAUACUGAGAUUCCUCUGGAGGUAAAGUCUCACACCACCCUCGGGCCCAAGAAUGGUGUUAUGGUCAAAAUCACAGAGAGGGACAAUUUGGAAGACGCGUCCUGAUAAGAGUUUCAGUUGUUGGAAGGUUCCUCUAAGUUCAAAUGAUGUAGAACUGAUCGCACUUAUAUUCUGGAAUCAUCAGACUAAAUCUAAUCUAAAUCUGUGCUGCUCAUUUGACUGAAAACUGAUUCAACAUUAACUGUGAAUAGAAAAUGUAUAACCUCAGAUCAGCAACAUGUAUACUGUAUAUAUAAGUCAUUUUUGGAAAAUUGAGAUUUGUACUUGAAUCAAAAAACGUUUCAAGAUCUAUUUGAAAAUCUUAUUUGAAUUACUAUAGGAAAUACAACAUUACUACAAAAUUAAUACAUCAUGAUAUUUUCUCAAUAUUCUAAUGAUUUUUUGCAAAAAGAGAGGUCAUUUUGACUCAUACAAUGCCUUGCAUAUAAAUAAUGAUUAUAAAUUAAAAACCACUCAGAGAUGAUUACCUAAAAAUAUGACAAAUAUGUAAAUACAUUCUGUACAAUCAAAUGGAAGAUGAUCAGUUUUGAUUGAUACACUGUAUAAUAUUUCAUAAGAAGUUCAUUCUGUUUGCAAAUAAAUGAUUUGCAACCUGCCUUAAUGCCUGCGGGACUGAUUUAUUCAUGCUUCGUUUAUGUUGAUUAUGCUGUUAUUUGAUGUACAUUAUUCUGGAGCUCCAGCGCUGUACUGGAUUCAUGCUAUUAUUGAGUUUAGCAAGAACAAUAUGAUUAAUUUCUUAACUUUGAUAAUAUAUUCCACUAAUUUGAAAUGACUAAAUAACAGUUUGAUAUAUUAAUCAUGUAUUUAUCUUCACUUACACCAUUUAAUUGAUUCAUAUCCAAUAUCUUAAGCUAGAAUAAAUGCUAUGAUUAAUAAACAGAGCGUUGAGAAGUGUGCCUAAGAGAAGCACAACUCUUUGAAAGUGUCUUUUAAAC